AGGUAUUAUUUUGACUUUGACUUUACUUCAAGGUUCAAAAUAAAAUGUUAUGUUUUCUGUAAGAAUAAAAAGCAAAUGAGGAAAUACCGAGCUAGAUUCAUACUUGCAUUGAAGAAAAUAUAUCCAGCAUAUUGUCAUUGACGAUUUCGAUUGUAAUGAAAAAUAAAAUAUCUUUGUGGUAAAAGGUCUGACCUAUAUCGAUAUGGAUACUUGGUGAAAAAAUACAUAUUCUUGAUAAACAUAUCUUGUGUUAAUUUGGAAAUAUUCUGGAACCCAUAGCCAUAUACUAGAACAUUGUUGAUAAAAUAUCAACAUGUACCUAAUGAUGAUUCUAUUCAAAAAAAUUAAACAAUGUGGAUUACUCUGAUCUCUUUUUGUGGUUUCUUUACUCUUGUUAUGUCUCUAGUAUUUUGUUUAUGUUGGAGGAAGAAACGUACCGACCCUGAAUUAAGUGGAAUUGAUGGUCUUGUUAUCAAGAAGAAUCCUGAUGAAAAUGUAAAUCAUUUACCAUCUGCAGAUCUUUCUGGAACUGAUGGAAUUGAUGGUGUACAUGAUGUGAAUAAGAGAGCAACACUUCCAGCAACGAAUACAAGAAGAAGUUUGCCAGAUAUACCGUUUGAACAUGAAAAUGCAAAUUGGGUGUCGGCUGUUGACAAUUCCUCUGAACAUUAUGCAACUGUGGAACAGUAUCAAAAUUCGAUGAAACGGCAUACUCUUUCUAAUGGAGUUGAAGCUAGACGUAGCAUAUCUCAGCACAGUUCGCUGAGUCAAGCUGAUUUUUCCCCUUAUGAGAGGGUGAAAUAUGAUAAGAUUAACUCCCGAGAGCAUCCUUAUGAUCAGCUGCAACCUACAGCAAGUCGAAAUUUCGCAUCUGAAAAUGAAGACAUACCAGAAGAGCCAGGUUCUUCCCAAAGAACUGAAUCAUCUUCCAAUGAAACCAGUGCUACAAGAAGAGGUAGUGGAAGUCACAAUUUGGAUAUACCAGCCGCCUCAGCUGUGGCGGGUGGCAUAGCUGCUAGUCCAGAAUUGCCAUAUAUGACCCCACCAGUGCCUCAAAUUAAUUUCAGUGGAGAUUCUCAAGAUUCUUCUAAGGGAUAUACUAGCAUUAGUGUACGUGAACCUCUUGCCAAUAUAUUAGCUCAAUCCAAAGAAGUUAAGAAAAAAAGAGAGCUGGAUCCUCAUUACUCAACUGUUUCCGAUGACUCUGAUGAUGUUUACACUACAAUACCUGACCCAAAUCAAGUUUACACUAGUGAGAGCGAGACUUAUGCUAGAAUUCCCCCUGGGCCAAUUAUUGUCGAAGCUGAAAUCAACAGAAAUCCAUCAAAGUCUGAUUCGGACGAGGCCAAUGAUGAGAUGUAUGAACCAGCACCACAACCUGUGCCACCUAGUGUUGAUAGUCUGAAGCAUGUUGCACAUACCCAUACACACUCAAGGCAAGCCUCCUCGUCAAGCUCAACAAUCAACAUAGGUUCACCAAAGCCUGAAAAACGCCAAGCCAAUUCACCUCUACCCCUUCCGCCAGUUAACCUAAUAGAUGGUGAUAAGAAAUUUCCAUUAGCUCGCAAUUUAGAAGAUCUUUACGCCAAAGUUCAAAAAAAUAAGUCGAAAAGCGGCUCUGAUGAUGAAAAAUCUCCAGAGCGACAAAAUGAUAUCUCUCAACCAAGUGCUUCCACCUCUGGAAUUGGCGAAAAUAGUAGAUGCUUGAAGUUGAGAAGAAAGUUUCAAGAACACAACUAUGAGACGCUAAGAAAACACAAAACAGAUUCUUUGGAUGAAGGAAAACUUAGACAGGAAGAACCUGGAUAUGCAAGUAUAAAUGGACCAGAUAGUUUGUGUAGUUCAGAUCCUGGAUAUGAGGUUCUCAAGGCUAAUUCAGAAAUUGAUCCAAAUUAUGAAGAACUGAAGCAUAAGUCUUCAAACGCUAGUGAUAUUGGUUAUUCCAAGAUAAAAGAUUUUAAAAAUAGUAAUAAUUUCGGUUAUUCGGUAGUAAACAAGAAGAAAAAACCUGAUACUUCCGGAAACUCUAGUACUUACGAAAAUAAUACACACUCCCAAGAUGAUAGCUUAGAUGAACCGAAUUACGAAAGCAUGCCCAGCGAAUCCAUCACAGAUUUUAAAUAUGCUACCUUGAAAUCUAGUGGCAGCGAAACGGAUCCUAAUUAUGAAUCUGUUAAUAACAACGAUCCCAACUAUGAGAGUGUGAAAUAUUUAGAUGAACCACCUUACGAAAAAGUCGACAGUGAUCUGAGUCGUACAGACUCAGAAAUUCCCGGUUAUGAAAGAAUUGAUUCAAAGGGCUAUCGAAAUAUCGAUACUUCUGAAAGCUCAGACAGUUUCACAUACAAAGAUAAAACCAGAGGUGAACAUCCAUAUGAGAAAUUGAAAAAUGAGGGGGAUACAGAUUCAGUUGGAUAUUCCAAAAUAAAAGAUUCUAACUCGAAAACCAAAAAUUCAAGUCUAGAAUCUUCCAGUUCAGCAAAAAGUGAUGAUUUGGUUAGGGAUGAGAUUGUCGAUAAUCCUACUAAUAUUUUAGAAGACAAUAUCAUAUUUGAAGUUUGAUGAUUCAUAUUCCAAUUAUGGUGCUAAUCCUUAACCAUUGAAUUUGUAUAUUUUAUAUUUCUAUAAGAGCUUACCAUAAUAUCCAUCUGAUUCAUUUAUAACAGAAAAGGAGCAUUGAACCUUAAUUUCUAUUUCAAGUUUUAUGGUUGAACACACUCAUUCAGAAAUUUUAUCUGCCAAUGAAAAUUCUGAGAAAAAUAUAUUCCUGACUUGAAUCAUGUUCAUCCAUCAAUAAAAUAUUUUUUCUUUGAAUAAUCUACUUUCUGAAGAGUGUGUUUUAAGUAAGAAACGUCUUAUUUCCUCGUUGAAUGAGAGUUCUUAAUAAUGCUCCUUUCUCUGUUGCUGUGUUCUAGUCAUUUUUCAGUUAUAAUUUGCAUUCUGUCAGUUUAAAUUUUUUUUACGUAUUUGAGAUGAGGAUUUACCAUAUUCUCAAGUGAUAAGUCUAAAUUUAAUUAUGUUUAUUAUUAGCCCAUUCUCAAAGAUAGUGGAAUAUCUUUGAUUUCAUUACCAAGUCAAUAAAAUUUAUUUAAUUUCCAUGACAACUAUUUAUUUUUAUUUUGAUUGCAUUUAACAUAUUGUCUAAAUUUAUCUCUUCAGUUCUGAAGUCUCAAUAUAACUCAAUGGGAUAAAAUAUAAACUGUAUUACUCCUGCUCUGAUUAAAUCUUUAACCCAGUAGUUGUUAUGAAACCCUGCUUGUAAAUAACAUAUACAAACAAGUUGUUUGACAACCAUUGUAGUAUUUUUAUAGUUUGUUGCCAAUGAUGGAUUUUUUUUUAUUUGAAAGUAUUUUUAUAAUGAUAUUUAUGUAUUUAUUCAUAUUUUGGUUAUAUAAUAUAUUGAAUUUUUUUCAAA